GUCAUCUCCUCCCCUCGCUCGCACAUCUUUUACAAAAUCAUUAAACGAAAAUCCCAGCAUUCAAUUCCUCGGAUUCCUUUUUCAACACCAGCGCUUCCUGUCGCUCGCCAGAAAUCUAAGGCACGAAUCUUCGCCGCUUGGCCUCUGAAGCCAUGAACAUUUUCAGGUUCGCCGGCGAUAUGAUGCACUUGACCAGCAUCCUGGUCCUGCUUCUCAAAAUCUACGCAACCAAAUCUUGCUCAGGGAUUUCGCUCAAGACUCAGGAACUUUAUGCACUGGUGUUUCUGGCACGGUACUUGGACCUUUUCACGGACUUUAUCUCUGUCUAUAACACCAUUAUGAAGCUCGUGUUUAUAGUGAGCUCUACGGCCAUUGUGUGGUGCAUGCAGAGGAACCGGGUGGUGAGGCGUUCAUAUGAUAAACAGCUUGACACAUUUCGCCACUACUUUCUCCUUGCUGCAAGCUUUGCUUUGGCGCUUCUUGUGAAUGAGAAGUUUACGUUUCAAGAGAUCUUCUGGGCAUUUUCAAUAUACUUGGAGGCAGUUGCAAUUCUUCCCCAGUUAGUUUUACUACAGCGAAGUGGAAAUGUGGACAAUUUAACUGGGCAAUAUGUUUUCUUUCUUGGGGCAUAUCGUGCAUUUUACAUCCUUAACUGGAUAUAUCGCUACUUCACAGAGACACACUUCAGUCGAUGGAUAGCCUGCAUCUCUGGUCUUGUUCAGACAGCUUUGUAUGCAGACUUCUUUUACUAUUACUAUAUUAGCUGGAAAAACAAUACAAAACUUAAGUUGCCAGCUUGAGCCAGGAAUGUAUUUUUGAAAUCUUGAAGCUUAUUUUACCAAAUCAUUCUUAGUUUUCACUCAGCAAUCAGCAAUGUUGGUAAAAAAUGAGCCACAGUAUGAUACUUGGGCAGGAAGGAGGGAUAAAGGUUUCUUAUCAUAAUUAAGAUGACAAACCCAUGCCGACGGGUGAAAAAUUAUCUGGUUUUAGGUUGAAUACCCAUGCAAUUGGAAAUUUUAGAUUGGAUUGAUCAGCAUUCCAUGUUUUAGUCUGGUGAUAUAGUUUUGAAAUGUUUUUCCUGUCACUGAUUUUGACUUGAAAAGAUUUAUUGGAAUGACACAAUAUUGGCAGAACUGGCUGAUAUGCUGUACAUGGAUGUUUGUCGCACAUAUGUUUUGACCAAUUUACUCCAUGUAAUUAUAUGUUUAUAGUCGGGUGCAGUUAAUAAGUCGCUCUAGUGUUUUUA